AAAAGGAGGAAUUUUUCCCCUUUUUUCUUCUGAAAUAUAGUCAAACCCUUUGUGUCAGGGAGUGGGAUCUGUUUUUCCAACUUAUCUUUCUGAGACAGACAAUUUCUAUAGCGUCUGCUAUGCUAAGAUCAAGCUGGGGAAAUGAGACCAAAAAUUGAAAUUCUUCUGUCAGAGGGUUCCCCUAAAAUCCUCAAAUAUUUGGGAAUGGGGUUUUUAGAUAAUCCCCAAACUGAUAUGAGGAUUACCCCCCACUCCCGUCUGUUUCUUAAAAGUGAGGGAUAGGAAAAAGAAAGAUGUCUGAUGAUAUUGACUGGUUACAAAGCCGCAGAAGGGUCUGCAAAGUCGAGCUCUACAGCCCAACAGGACAGAAAGAUCAGGAUCGAAAAGUGAUUUGCUUUGUCGAUGUAUCAACUCUCAAUGUAGAAGACAAAGACAAGGAAGGAGGACCUAGUUCAGAGGGGGAACUGGACCUGGAGAUUUCGGGAGAAAAGGAGAUAAUCAUCAUCAAAGACACAGAGAAAUUAUGUCAGUCCAAGACUGACGGAUCCGUGUGUCUUUUCAAACAAGCGCCCUUGGACCCGAUCAGAGCCCUUAGUUGCCUCCUCAAUGACCUUCAAAAAUACUCUCUCAGCUUCCAGCACGCUCUGAGCCCCUCAUCCUCUAGCUGUAAGCACAAAAUUGGGGCCCCCGAAGAUGGGUACUGUAGUAACUCCAAUGAAGACAACUGCUACAGAGUCUACGCUGAUGAGCUGAGCACGGACUACGACUAUGUGGCAAACAACCCCCACAACCUGCGUUUCAAGAUGGCCGCAGACAGCAACCAGAGUUCUUCAAGCCCCCCAGCAAAGUCACCCAGGACACAGAGAGCAGUCACAUCUCCUGACGGGGAAUGUUCCACGGAUGACCUUUCCUCCUAUGUCAAACGACUGUCCUCCCUCGUGAUCCAGAUGGUUCGCAAGGACAUCAAGGAAAAGCGAGAAGGAGGAAGUAAAUGCUUACACUACUCUAACUACGCCUGCACUGGGGACAAAGGCAAGAACAGCCCCCGAAGUGCAGUCAGCAAGGUUGCCUCUGAGAUGGCCCACGAUGUAGUAGAGGGGAUUUCAGCUGAAAAUCGAGGCCCUGGAGACCUUGAUCAUAAGGACCAGAAAACCUUCUUGUACAGCGAAUUAUCCAAUAAGUCCAAGGGAGGGGAAGAACAGAUGUGUCAAAGAGACAGUAAAGAGUUUGCCAACUCCAUCAGCAAACGCCUGAUGGCAUAUGCCAGCCAGAUGGCCUCUGACAUGAUGGUAUCUGCCUUGAAGACCUUGGAAGCCCAUAGUUCUGGUAAGCCCAUCCCAGCCUACAUUGUGCUGCAGAGGGUCCUGUCAGAUUUAAUUGAUUCUUGCAUGAAGAACUUACAUAACAUCACUGGUGUCCUGAUGACUGACUCUGAAUUUGUCUCUGAUGUCAAGAAAAUCCUGUUCAACCAGGGCAAACAGAAUGCCGCCAACAUCAUGGAGGCUAUGCUGAAACGCCUAGACAGCACCCUACUGGGUGCUAGGGAGAAAAAAGAAACAGAAUCCCAGAGCCUGGCCUACGCCUCAUUGAAAGCCGAAUCUCACGAUGCUAAGAAUAAGAAUCAGAGCCUUGAAUUCUCUGACAUGAAAGCCGAGAUGAUGAAGGGCAAAGAAAAAGGAAAAAUGAAGCCCGAUCAGUGUAAGUCCCUGACUGGUGCUGAAAAGGUCAGUGAACAGGUCCUUAAAGAGAGCCUUACCAUGUGGAACCAGAAACAAACGGGUGGUGGUCAGACCAAGAUGCAUAGCAAAGCAGGCACCAGCCGGGAAGAUUCUAAGAGGGAGAAGAUCAGCCCUUCCACUGAUUCACUGGCCAAGGACCUGAUUGUCUCAGCCCUGACGCUAAUCCAGUACCAUCUGACCCAGCAGGCCAAGGGCAAAGACGUCCUUGAAGAACCUGAACAGCCUGGAUCCACAAUGGGCUGCAUGGUCCAGGGUGCCCAUUAUGAGAAAACUGGCAGUGGCCAAAGUGCGAAGGCGCUCUCCAUGAAACAUCUGGAAUCACAAAGCGGUCAACAUGCUGGUCCAUCCACUUCCCCCAAAGAGCUGGACACUCAAAAACUGGACAUGUCAAACAUCGUUUUGAUGCUUAUCCAGAAGCUCCUGAAUGAGAGUCCAUUCAGCUUGGAUGACCAAUGCGAAAGUGAGAGCAAAAGGGAUGAAUCAAAACCCAAAGUCUCCUCUUCUACGUCGAAGUGCUCCGACAGGGGUGAGGAGCACUCCCACGACCAUCAAGAAUUUGAUUUCAUCAGCGGCAAGAAGCAAGUAAACCAACAGUUUGUAGACCAGCUGGUGGAAUCUGUGAUGAAGCUGUGCGUCAUCAUGGCCAAAUACAGCCACAACGGGGCGGGCCUCGCUGAGCUGCAGGAACUUGGACUCAGUUUCCAGGCCGGCAGUUCCAGGUGUGCUCAGGAUGCCAUGAUGUCCCAUUCGCGUCACGAUAACCCAGGGCCUGAAGUCAUUGUGAACAACCAAUCUUCUACCAGCAACCUGAAGAAGCAGCUCCAAGCUGUGCUCCAAUGGAUUGCCGCGUCCCAGCUCGAGGUUCCCAUGCUCUAUUUUAUGGGAGAUGAGGAUGGUCAGCUCGAGAAGCUUCCUGAAGUGUCAGCCAAGGCUGCUGAGAAGGGCUACAGUGUUGGAGAUCUCCUCCAAGAGGUGAUGAAGUUUGCCAAAGAACAACAACUCGAUGAAGCAGUCGGGAACAUGGCUAGAAGGCAACUGCUGGACUGGCUGCUCACUAACCUGUGAGCCUCUCUGCUACACUCCCUCCACCAGCGAGUUCUGUCCCAGCCGGAGUGCCACGCUCCAUCCGCUAUGGUAGUAAAACAGCACGUUUCCGCGGUGGUAUUGAAUGACACAACGAGUGAUUGUACCACGAAUGACAUUGAAUGUCCAACGAGCUGGGCACAAGACGAAUAAAACACAUGCUUCACAAAA